GUCGCGCCUCAGGCGUGAUAGAGGCCCCCAAGGACAAGAACGAGAUCACUCGAGUGAAGAGUUUGUACGACGGACAGUACAAUGUUGCAGAUCUUAAAGACACCCCGCCAGAUGGCACAUUCUGGGGCUGGGUGGCGGCCGGGUGUGUGUGCAGCAUCAACACUUUUUCGUGGGGAGUGAACUCUGCGUUUGGAGUUUACCUGAACUACUAUCUGGAAGCCGACGUUUUUCCCGGAGCCACAAAAAGACAGUUUGCUACGGUUGGCGGUCUUUCGCUUGGAAUCAGCUUCAUGUUCUCGCAGUUCGGAAACAUGCUGGCCAAACGAUAUCCAUUGAAGCUGGUGAUGGGUGCGGGCUGCGCGGUGGUGUUUCUUUCAUUCUGGCUAGCGUCGAUUGCCAAAAACGUGGUGCAAUUGAUGAUGUUCCAGGGCCUGCUGAUGGCUGUCGGGUUUAUUCUUGUGGCCGGCCCCUCUGUCGUGAUCUUGCCGUCGUGGUUCCUGCACAAACGGUCUGUUGCGUCCGGAAUCGGCUAUUCAGGGGCAGGACUCUCAGGACUAAUUUUCAGCCGCUCGUCCAGCGCAAUUAUUGAGCGAACAGGCAGCCAAGUGUGGGCGCUGCGCAUGAUGGGGCUUGUGUGCGGGGCGAUGCUGGCGAUAUCCAUCGCGCUAGUGCGGCCGCGGCGGCCCUUCAACUCGAAAAACACGAGCGUGUGGCGGGAAACUCGCCGUCUGUUCGUCUGGCACGUGAUCAAAGCGCUGCCCGUGCAGUACGUGUGUGCGUGGAGCUUUGUGUACAACUUUGCGUACGCCAUCAUGCUGUUCUCGUACUCGUCGUUCUGCACGUCCAUCGGCCUGAGCAGCGACCAAGGUGCCAUCGUGAUGACCGUGCUGAACGUGGCACAGCUUGUAGGACGGCCGCUGCUGGGCUACGUGUCGGACGUUCUCGGUCGUUGCAACACCACCAUCAUCUGCUCGCUGCUUCUGGCGCUGCUGGCGGGCGUGUUCUGGGUCUUUGUCACCACGUACGCCGAGAUGAUUGUGUUUGCGAUUCUGUCGGGGCUGAUGCUAGGCGUCAACUGGGUCAACUUCAUGCCGCUCACGGCAGACAUUGUGGGCUCUGGUGAGGACCUCAUGCCGGCGAGUUCGUAUAUCAGCAUGGUCUCAGGACUGCCGUACGUGGUUGCCGAGGUGGUGGCUCUGGAGUUGGUCAACGAUUCGCGUGCAAAUCCGUAUUUCUGGUGCCAGAUCUUUGUGGUGGUCACCUGCGCUGUGUCGGGGCUCCUGCUGCUCCCGUACCGCGAGUGGAAGAUCAGACGCAUGCUGGUGGCGCGCACAAAGACCACAGAGCACAGCGAGGCACUGCUUCUGGGCGGCGGCUGGGGCGCCUUCUGGCUCCGAAUGCUGUACCCGGUGAAAGCGUAGCAAGUAGCACAGCCAGAAAAGAGAAAAAAUUAGUUAUGG